CUUAGUGCCCAUUUGUUCGCAAUCGGGGGGCAAAAGUGGCGAAAUCUGCGAACUAAACUAACCCCGACUUUCACCUCCGGGAAAAUGAAACAAAUGUUUCAGACUUUAAUCGACUGCACGCCUGGUUUAGUCGACCAAAUCGAUUCGUUUUGUCUCGAAAAGGAAUCAAUUGAUAUUAAGGAGGUUUUGGGGUGUUUUACCACGGAUAUCAUCGGGUCGUGUGCUUUCGGGCUGGAUUUCAACACCUCSAASGAGAAAAAYUCCCCKUUUCGGGAGUAUGGACGCAAGGCUUUCGUCCCCACGAAAUUCGAUAUAAUUAAAAUGAUUCUUGCGAUGAGUUUCCCCCGAGUUGCACGCGCCCUUAGGUUAACAUUGACYMRAAAAGACRUUUCGGAUUUUUUCCUCAAWGUGGUGAAAGAUACAGUWGAAUACCGGGAGAAAAAUAAUUACAGACGCAAGGAUUUUAUYCAAUUGUUGAUCGAUUUGAGGGAGGAUGAGGGGCAACAUGACGGGAAAACCCUCACAAUUGAGGAAAUCGCGGCUCAAUGCUUUGUUUUCUUCAUCGCCGGUUUUGAGACUUCUUCCACAACAAUGACUUUUGUUCUUUACGAAUUGAGUCGAAGGCAGGACUUGCAAGAAAAACUCAGGGAUGAAAUUAACACAGUUUUGGGUAAAUAUGACGGUCAUGUGACAUACGAAGCAAUCCAAGAAAUGAAAUAUAUGGACCAAGUCAUAAAUGAGGCUUUAAGGAUGCACCCCCCAAUCCCCAUUCUGACCCGGACAUGUGUUAAAGAUUACAAAAUCCCCGAUCAAGACAUCAUUAUUGACAAAGAUACCACAAUUGUUAUCCCAGUUUUGCCAAUCCAUUAUGAUAAAGAGUAUUAUCCUGAGCCUGAGACCUUUGAUCCUGAGAGGUUUAAUGAAGAGAAUAAGAAUUCAAGGCAUAGUUAUGCCCAUAUUCCGUUCGGUGAAGGACCAAGGAUUUGUAUAGGGAUGCGUUUUGGGCUAAUGCAGACCAAAGUUGGGUUGACAACCCUGUUGAAAAAUUAUAAAUUUACGGUUGGGAAAAAAACACAGGAGCCUUUGAAGUGGAAAGUUGUGUCGUUUGUUUUGGCCGCUGAAGGGGAAGUUUGGCUCGAUGCUGAAAAGUUGUAAUUUUUUAUUAUCUCAUCAGUUUUACUCUCUAGUCUGUUUCUUUGCUGUGUUUUUGUUAUUAAAAAAUAUUU